UCGCCGGGACUCUCCGCUCGCCAUGCCGCGCUCCUUCUUGGUCAAGAAGCCCUCCAGCACCCGCGUCCCCAACUACGGCCAGUUGGAGACGCGCCGCCAAGAAUCCAGUGGAUUGUGCCACUCCUGGAGAGGGGCAGCAUUCCCCCUCCUCAGUCAAGAUGGCACGCCUUGUCCGGCAGCCCCCUAUGAAGCUGGUAGCCUCUGGGACCACAGUUCUGCCAUUGCUUGCCUGUCCCCACCUCUCCCACAGAGCAGCGAAGCCAAAGGGGAGCCCACAUCGAGCUCUCAAGUGGUUUCUGGGAGCAGCCCUGGAGGCAGCUGGGGCUCUGCCACCCCUCUGCGUGAUAACCAGAACAACCUCAAUCUUCCGUUGGCAUUCAGCCUGUUCCAAAGGAGGACUCCCAACCUGGGCAGCCCAGCAGAGGGAAAUAGAGACAAACUGCAGGGGCCACAAGGCAUAGCUGCCGGCCCCCUGGAGACGUUUGAGUGCCCGGACUGCCGCAAGGCCUACAGCACCUUCUCAGGCCUGGCCCGACAUAGGCAGCAGCGCUGCAAGCUGCAGGCAACCAUGGCAAGGAAGUAUUUCAACUGCAAGCACUGCGACAAGGAGUACGCCAGCCUGGGUGCCCUCAAGAUGCACAUCCGCACCCACACGCUGCCUUGCAUGUGCAAGAUCUGUGGUAAAGCCUUCUCCCGGCCUUGGUUGCUGCAGGGGCAUAUCCGGACACACACAGGUGAAAAGCCCUACGCCUGUUCGCACUGCAGCCGAGCCUUUGCCGACCGCUCCAACCUCCGCGCCCACCUGCAGACCCAUUCCGACAUCAAGAAGUACCAGUGCCACACCUGCCUGAAGACCUUCUCCCGGAUGUCCCUGCUCCUGAGGCAUGAGGAGACGGCCUGCUGCCCUGCUGCAACCUGAGAGCCAUGUUGAGCUUGGCUGGCUACCUGGAAAACGUAACCUGAGACCACUUGUGGAGGUUAGGAGGAGAGUCCCGGACGACUGAAGAUCUGCAGCAGCAGAGCCUGGAGUUGCGUCCUGCAGCAGAAGUUGGGUGUGUUUUCUUCUUCUUCUGAUUCAGAUUCUGCAACUGGGUGGUACCUACCGCUCCAAAGAGUGUGUGGCUUGACCUUUUGGUUGCAGCAAGAUCUAGGUGCAUCUCAGUUUAGGAAACAGAAUGGUAUAUGGCCCCAUUACUCUUGUGUAUUUUGAAAAAACAGCAAAGGGGCCUACAUAUUAGGGUGGCGUUGAAUCCCCUGGAGUCCUUCUGCAAAUGUGUCUCCUCCUCCUAUUGUGCUGUCAUUGAUCCAUCCAAAUGGUGCCAUUUGCAUGCUGGUGGCAUGCAUCCCCUUAGCUGCUAGCCUGCUUGGUCACUAGGUAGUCGAGGAGGCCUCUUCAUUUCUGCAUUGCUCUCUGGGAUGGAGUCCAGAGGAAACCCAGGAUAAGGGAUCCUCUGCCUGAGUCCACCUUUGGGUCAUUUGCAGGAAAGCGAUUUUAAGCUUCCCAUUCUUGGAUGACUGUUAUCGGGGUGUCCUGCAUUCUUCCAGCUCCCCACAGCAGUUGCUUUGUGAUCAUGGAUGUGGGACCUUCCCGUUUCCAGAAACUUGCCUUCUGGUCUCCCACAUUUCCAAAAGAGAGCAGGGAAUGAUGCCAGACUGGGCCUCCCCAGCUGCAAUGGCCAAAUAGCGAUGGUCUUCUCAAGCACCUGUGGUGGGAGAUCUGCUGUGACUCCUGCUCAUCUGAUCAAGGUCUGUUUCCAGGGAUGUCAUACCAAUCAGUGUUUCCUGGGAGUAUGGAGGCCACAAUUUACAGCUCCUCUUCCUUCCUCUGCCCAGCUUUCAGUUUCCACGAACACUGAAGCUUUUGUAAAGAAUAAUCCGCCUGGGCUUGGCAGAUCCAGUAUAUACUUGCUAGGAUGGAUACAAGAGCUCAACACCACCCAUUAAAUCUGUUCCCAUGAAGAAAUUCAUUGGUUGUUGUUUCCCAAGCUACUGGGUUGUAUCCAGUAUUGAUCAUGCUCUGAGUAGACUCAUUUAAAUUAAUGGGCAUAACUAUCCUAGAUUUGUUUCUUUCAGUGGGUCAGCUCUGAGUAAAACGUGAUUGGCUACACCUCAUUCCUUAUAUCUCUGCAUACCCCAUUCUCUUACUGCUUACCCUUCAGCUUAAUAACUCCUUAAUGCACUUUAACCUCCUGUUUAAACUCCACAGCUAGAGGCAGUGUUGCUUCUGAAUAAUGUACCAGUUGCUGGAAACCACAGGAAGGGAAGUGCUCUCUUGCGCUCAGGUCCUGCUUCCCACAGGCAUCUGGUUGGCCACUGUGAGGACAGGAUGCUGACCUAGAUGGGCCACUGGCCUGAUCCAGCGGACUCUUAUUAUGUUCUGCCUGCUGUUAAAGGGGUGAUGAAGCAGGAGAAACAGUAGCAAGGGUGUCCCUUUGCCUCUUGUGUCCAUGUGCACAUUACCAAAAAGCAAGGCCUGUACCACCCUUCCUAACUGCCACUCUAUCUGCGGUAAAAAGAGAAUAUCCCCUACUCUCAAGGAGGCAGAGCAAAGAAUUCUGGGUUAGGUUCAUAGAGAUUCACCUUCCUUGAAACUUUGAGAUGGGGUUGUGGAGGAGGGGAGCUACAGAACAGUGACUUGGCAUUGCUAAAAGUUGUUAUUUUUAAUUCUCUGCUGCUGUUUCUCUGUUUUCUGUACAUUUUUGUUGGUCCUUUGGGUUUGGAGAGAGCCCCACCUCCCCAAGAAAUCCCAAUAAAACUAUUCCAAAUGAUUUCCGUGACCCCAUUUUUCAUUUAAUGUGUCCCUUAUUAUUGUACUGCUAUCUGUAAUCAUGAAUG